UCCCUCCGGAGCCUCGCCUACUCCCAGCAUUCAGUGCGGCGCUCUAGCCGCCAUAGUUUGAAUUUGAAAAAGAAAACACCGUGGCGCUGCUUGCGUGUCUGCUGACCCAAGGUAUUGUAGGUGAAGAGAAUGGAAUCUAAUUUGAAUCAAGAUGCAGUGCCUAGACCAUCCUAUGUUUUUAGUGCUGACCCAGUUGAAAGGCCUUCAGAAAUAAAUUUUGAUGGCAUCAAGCUUGAUCUUUCUCGUGAGUUUUCCUUAGUUGCUUCAAACACUGAGGCAAACAGUUUGGAAUCUAAAGGUUAUCUCCAAGUUUGUCUUCGAAUAAGACCUUUUACACAGGCAGAAAAAGAACACGAGUCUGAGGGCUGUGUACAUGUUGUAGAUUCACAGACUGUUUUGCUGAAAGAUCCUCAAAGCACCCUUGGCCGGUUAAGUGAGAAAAGCUCUGGACAGAUGGCACAGAAAUUCACUUUUUCUAAAGUUUUUGGCCCAGAAACUUCACAGAAGGAAUUCUUUCAGGGUUGCAUUACGCAGCCAGUAAAAGACCUCUUGAAAGGACAAAGUCGGCUGAUUUUUACUUAUGGGCUAACCAAUUCAGGAAAAACAUAUACAUUUCAAGGUACAGAGGAAAAUAUUGGUAUUCUGCCUCGAACUUUGAAUGUGUUAUUUGAUAGUCUCCGAGAAAGACUAUAUACAAAGAUGAACCUUAAGCCACAUAGAUCUAGAGAAUUCUUACGCUUAUCACCAGACCAAGAGAAGGAAGAAGGUGCUAGCAAAAGUGCAUUACUUCGACAAAUAAAAGAGGUUGCUGUGCAUAAUGGCAGUUAUGAUACUCUGCAUGGAAUUUCAACAAACUCUUUGAAUGUCUCAGAGUUUGAAGAAUCCAUGAAAGAUUGUGAACAAGCUAGCUUGAAUAUGGAUAAUAAUAUAAAAUUUUCUGUGUGGGUGUCUUUCUUUGAAAUUUACAAUGAAUGUAUUUAUGAUUUGUUUGUCCCUGUAUCAUCUAAGUUCCAAAAGAGGAAAAAUUUGCGGCUUUCCCAAGAUGUAAAGGGCUAUUCUUUUAUAAAAGACCUACAAUGGAUUCAAAUAUCUGAUUCCAAAGAAGCAUAUCGACUUUUAAAAUUAGGAAUAAAACACCAGAGUGUUGCCUUCACGAAACUGAACAACGCUUCCAGUAGAAGUCACAGCAUAUUCACUAUUAGAAUACUGCAAAUUGAAGAUUCUGAAAUAUCUCGUGUACUUCGAGUCAGUGAAUUAUCUUUAUGUGAUCUUGCUGGUUCAGAACGAAGCAUGAAGACACAGAAUGAAGGUGAAAGGUUAAGAGAGACUGGGAACAUCAACACUUCUUUAUUGACUCUGGGAAAGUGUAUUAAUGUUUUAAAGAACAGUGAAAAGUCAAAAUUUCAACAGCAUGUGCCUUUUCGGGAAAGUAAGCUGACUCACUAUUUUCAAAGUUUUUUUAAUGGUAAAGGGAAAAUAUGUAUGAUUGUCAACAUCAGUCAGUGUUGUUUUGCUUAUGAUGAAACACUCAGUGUAUUGAAGUUCUCAGCCAUUGCACAAAAGGUUUGUGUCCCGGAUAAUUUAAAUUCUUCUCAAGAGAAAUCUUUUGGACCGAUCAAAUCAUCUCAAGAUGUAUCAGACAGUAAUUUGGAUAAUAAAAUAUUAAAUGUAAAAAGAACAACACUUUCAUGGGAAAAUAGUCUAGAAGAUUUGGUGGAAGAUGAAGAUGUGGUUGAGGACCUAGAAAAACCUGAAGAAAACCGAAAUAACCAAAUUGGGGAAACAGAACUUAUUGAUGAAGAUCUAGAUAAGACAUUAGAGGAAGAUCAGGAUUUCAUGAGCUGUAAGGAGAACAGAAAACUGUUGGAUUUAAUAGAAGACUUGAAAACAAGAUUAAUUAAUGAAAAAAAAGAAAAGUUAACCCUGGAAUUUAAAAUUCGAGAAGAAGUUACACAGGAGUUUACUCAGUAUUGGGCUCAACGGGAAGCUGAUUUUAAGGAAACACUUCUCCAGGAACGAGAAAUAUUAGAAGAAAAUGCUGAAUGUCGUUUGGCUAUCUUCAAGGAUUUAAUUGACAGAUGUGACACACAAGAUGAACCAACAAAUGGAAUUUGUGCUACAAAAAUUGAAAAUGAAGAUGUAUAUAAUUAUGUAGGAUUCGAAGAUAUUAUUGGUGCUCUUCAACGUGAUGUCACUGAUAUUAAGGAGCAGGCUGAAAUUGCUCACUCUUAUAUUGCAUCUCUUGCUGAUCCCCAGGAAGCUAUUGCUUGUUUGCAACUAAAGUUUAAUCAAGUUAAAACUGAAUUAGCUAAAACCAAAGAAGAAUUAAUUAAAACCAAAGAAGAGUUUAAAAAAAGAGAAAAUGAAUCACAAUCAUUGGUUCAAGAGCUCAAGAUGUCUAAUAAGGACAAAGCUGGUCUAUCUUUAAUAAACAAUAAAUCUACUUUUAAUGAAACUGCUGAAAUUCCUACAGACAGCAAAACUAAAACCUAUUUAGAAAAGAAAAGAGUAAAUGAAAAUGAACUUCAGCAAGAUGAACCACCAACAAAGAAAGGUUUUGUACUUGUUAAUUCACUUAUCACCAAAGAUCAAAAGAAAAGUGAAGAAAUGCGGCAGACCAUUUCAGAAGAUGAGGAUGAUGUUACAGUUUUACAAGAAAAGAAUAAAGAACUUAAAACACUUUUAUUCCUUGCUGAGAAUGAACUUAAAAAUGAAAAGGAGAAGAAAGAAAAAUUAAAUGAACAGAUUGUUUGUUUGCAGCAGCAACUUUCUUGUUCUGAAAAAGAGAGUUUAACUUUACAUGUAGAAGUCCAGCAAAUUCAGGCAAAUUAUGACAGCAUAAAUGCUGAACUAAGUGUGCAGAAAAAUAUAAAUCAAGAACAGGAAGAAAAGAUCAUGAAAUUGUCAGAGGAGUUAGAAGUUGCUACAAAAACCAUCAUAAGCAAUGUUUUACAAAUAAAAUUAAUGCAGGCAAAAAUAGAUGAACUGCGUUCACUUGAUUCAGUUUCUCAUAUCUCAAACAUAGAUUUACUCAAGCUCAGGACCCGGUCAAAUGGCCCUCAGGAAGAGAAUUUGCCAGACACACAUUUAUACCGUGCAAGUAGUAAUGUUUUGGGGAGUAAGCAGGUUAAAGAAUAUCAUGUUCAAGAACUUAGUGGAGAAAGUUCAUUCCACUCUAGUAUUGAAGCCAUUUGGGAAGAAUGUAAGGAAAUUGUGAAGGUCUCCUCCAGAAAAAGUCAACAGAUCCAGGAACUACAACAACAAAUUGAAAAAUUACAGGGAGAAAUAAAAGUUUAUAGGGAUGAAAAUAAUAUACUAAAAGUAAAGCAUAGAGAGGUUGAGAAUCAAGAUAACCUACAAAAAGAAAGAGAAAAUCUUAUACAGCAACUGAAGGAAGAACUGCAAGAGAAAAGUGUUAGUCUUAAUGUUCAAGUACAGCUUGUGGUUGAAGGAAAGAAAGCACUUUCAGAACUUACACAAGAUGUUAAUGGUUAUAAAGCAAAAAUAAAGGAACUUGAAACAAUACUAGAGACUCAGAAAGAUGAAUGUAGUAAUUUGGCCAAGUUAGAGCAAGACAUUUUAGUAAAAGAAUCUGUCAUUUUAAAACUAGAAGAAAAUCUAAAAGAAUUUCAAGCAAAUCUUAAGGAUUCUAUCAAAAACGCCAAAGAUUUAAGUGAAAAAGAAGUUACAUUGAAAGGAGAAGUCACACAGUUAACAAAUAAUUUGCAGGAUCUAAAGCAUUCACUUCAUUUAAAGGAAGAAGAAAAAGAAGCCAGCAGACAAGAAACAGAAAAAUUGAAAGAAGAACUCUCUGCAAGCUCUGCUCUUGCCCAGAGUCUGAAAUCUGAUCUUCAGAGAAAGGAAGAAGACUAUGAUGAGCUGAAAGAGAAACUGACUGAUGCCAAAAAACAGAUUGAGCAAGUACAGAAAGAGGUAUCUGUAAUGCGUGAUGAGGAGAAAUUACUGAGGAGUAAAAUAAAUGAGCUAGAGAAAAAGAAAAACCAGUGUUCUCAGGAAAUAGAUAUGAAACAGCGAACCAUUCAGCAGCUCAAGGAGCAGUUAAGUAAUCAGAAAACAGAAGAAGCUAUACAGCAAUAUGAGAGAGUAUGCAAAGAUCUAAAUGUUAAAGAGAAAAUGAUUAAGGACAUGCGAAUGACACUCGAAGAACAAGAACAAACUCAAAUAGAACAAGAUCAGGUGCUUGAGGCUAAAUUAGAGGAAGCAGAAUGGCUGGCCACAGAAUUAGAAAAAUGGAAGGAAAAAUGCAAAGAUCUGGAAACCAAAAGUAAUUGUAAGUCAAAUAAAGAAUUUGAGGGUGACACGGACGUACUUCAUAAAAAGCUCAGUAAGCUUCAAGAUGAAUUGCAGGAAUGUGAACAGAAAUAUAAAGUUGAUAGAAAGAAAUGGUUAGAAGAAAAAAUGAUGCUUAUCACGCAAGCAAAAGAAGCUGAAAAUCUACGAAACAAAGAGAUGAAAAAAUAUGCUGAAGAUAGGGAGCGUUGUUUAAAUCAACAAAAUGAAGUGGAAAUACUGACAGCACAGUUGGCAGAGAAAAAUAGUGACCUUCAGAAGUGGAGAGAAGAACGAGAUCAGUUGGUUGCUGCUUUAGAAAUACAACUGAAAGCACUGAUCUCCAGUAACAUAGAGAAAGACAAUGAAAUUGAGCAGUUAAGAAAGAGCACGUCAGAGGCUUCUGAUAUAGAAAAAAAAGGAAGUAUGGUCAUGAAGCCCGGACAAACUAGUUCAAAAGAUCCUGCUAGGGUUGAAAAUGAACCUCAAUCAGCAAGUUUUGAAAUUUCCAGGAAUGUAGUGGAGGAUGGAUCAGUGGUUCUUGAUUCUUGUGAAGUGUCAACAGAAAAUGAACAAAGUACUCGAUUUCCAAAACCCGAAUUGGAGAUUCAUUUUACACCUUUACAGCCAAACAAAAUGUCAGUGAAACACCCUGGUUGUACCACACCAGUGACAGUUAAGAUUUCUAAGGCCCGGAAGAGGAAGAGUAGUGAAAUGGAGGAGGACUUGGUCAAAUGUGAAAAUAAGAAGAAUGCUACACCUAGAGCAAAUUCUAAGUUCCCUAUUUCAGAUACUAGACCCUCCUCUGUCAAAAAGGAACAAAAGGUUCCUGCACAUUCAUCAUCGAAGAAAACAUACUCUUUACGGAGUCAGGCGCCCACAGUUAGUGCAAACUCGGCUGCUAAGGAAAAAGAAGGGGCACUACAGAAAUUUGGAGACUUUUUACAACAUUCCCCAGCAAUUCUUCAAUCAAAAGCAAAGAAGAUAAUUGAAGCAAUGAGCUCUUCAAAGCAUUCAACUUUAGAAGCAAGUAAAGAAAAUGUAUCUCAGCCAAAAAGAGCGAAACGGAAAUUAUACACAAAUGAAAUUUCAUCUCCUAUUGAUAUAUCUGGCCAAGUGAUUUUAGUGGACCAGAAAAUGAAGGAAAGUGAUCAUCAGAUUCUCAAACGACGACUUCGAACACGAAUAGCCAAAUAAAUGAUCUUUGAAGAAUGUAAAUUUUAUAUUCAUAACCAUUGUGACUUGCAUCUUGACUUUUUAAAGAUAAUUGUAUAUGUUGAUACAUUAUAUCCUUCUGUACAGAGAAUGCUGUUUUAUACACAGUAUAAUUUUGAUUGAGUAAAUAAAUCAACAAUAAAUUUCCUUGUAUACUUUUUUA